CCAUCUCAUCAAGACCAGCCCAACGAGCGGCGCACUACCCCUCCCCUCUCUUCCUUCCGGGCGGCGAGCGCCGCCGUCGCUCCCUCCCACAUCGAUUUCAACCGCCGCACGCGGCCGCGUCAGCGCCGCACCUCUGCCCUAGCCGCCUCUCCCUUCUCCGGGCGGCGCCGGUACUGAAGACGACGACGUCGGCUCUAUUCUCCCCAACCAAUCUCCGACGAUCGCAGCCCGUUUUCUCCGAAAUUUCGGGGCCUCGUCGCGCCUCCAUCUGCUAACAGGAGGCGCGGCGUCGGGCUCCCCGGGAUGUCGUUCCGCGGCCGUGGAGGGAGAGGAGGAGGGAGAGGCGGCCGCGGAGGAAGAGGAGGCAGAGGCUUCGGGGGCGCCAGCUAUGACCACCCCGCCAAGCACGCUCCCCACGAGGACUUCCCGGAGAUCACCCUGCCGGAGAUGACCUGCGCCAAGGCGACCAACGAGGAGAAGACUCUGAUACUGUCCACCUUGAAGCUCGAUGAUUUCAUGAGGAAUUCUUGCUACUACCUGGAGCCGGAUGCCCCCAAGAAAAAGAAUGACGACAAAGAGAUCGAAAGAUAUUCUGAUAGGAAGCGUAAAACACAAAGCAAACGGGAAGCUCUUGCGUCAUACCUCAAACUUAUCCCUGCAAAUUUUCCUGCAGAACUGCUACAUGGUUCUAAACGAGCGCAACCAGUUCAGAAAAAACUUCGGUGGGAUAAAGACGCGGAUAAUCAGGCAUUUGAUAUAUUCGAGAAACUCGAAGCGAAACAGAAGGAUGGAGAGGAGAAGACCGAAAAGGAGGGUGAUGAGGAGGAGGAGGAUGAAGAGGAGGAAGCAGAAGCGGAAGAAAGUUCAGAUGACGAUUAUAAUCAGAAUAUCGAGUUCGAUGAUGACGAUGAUGACUGGAACCAAGAGGAGGAAGCACAUGAAGACUGCUAUGAUUGAUGAUUGGUAGCCGCUGAAAAGGUUAACCCAUUCAACAUUGGUUAGGUUUCUUGGUAUUCUUCUUCGUUUGUAACUCAUUGGGCAAUUUUGAUGGAAGGUAGUGCGUAAUUAGGUAGUUAGAUAUGAUUAUUCUUCCCGCGUUCAUGUCAAGAAGGUACCAGAAACUCAGGACCAUAUGAAUUCUGCAGCAUCCAGUUCUGAAUGUUUCCUAUUGCGUCUGUGCAAGCAAAUGCAUUCUACCUGCACUUUAAUCCAUAGAGCUGGGUUCACAUGCAAAGAAAAAAGAAAGAAAAUUAUGGGACUUUGA